AUUACGUCUAGGUUUCGAAUUGCAAAUCUUUCCCAUCCAUGUCACAAAGAAUGGCUCAGGAAUAAAAGACUAUUAUCACUGACUACCAGCCAAGUCUUUAUGCAAUAAUCGAUCGAGGGAGCUGAGAGAUUGGAGGCUAAUGUCAAAGGAAUAGCUUGCUGUAGUCUGCUAGACUGAGAUUUUUUUGUUGGUCGGCAUGGGUAGCCGUAGCUUGCUAGCUCUGUUCAGCUUGCUGAUCGCGUGGUCUUUGGAGUCUGAAGCACAACUCUUAGGUUGCCCCCCCAUCGAUCUUGGAAUAUUGUUGGAUAGUUCAGGAAGUCUUAAUCUGCCUGGGUACGACAACGAAGGAAGCAUAGAGACGUUCGUGAAGGAACUUGUUGGUAAUUUCGAUAUUAACCCUGGUAUCAAUGGAACUCACGUUGGGAUAGUUCAAUUUGACAGCUCAGCAAAGUUGCGGUAUAAAUUUACUCAACCUCAAACUCCUGCUGCUGUGGAAGCUGCAAUAGAGUCAUACAAAAUUGGAGAUGGAAGUACAAUGCUUAAUAGAGGCAUUGAUAUGUGUGAUGAUGAACUUUUUCAAACAUCAGAGGGAAUGAGAGGACCCGAAUAUAAAAAGGUGCUGAUCAUUUUCACGGAUGGUAAGCAGACACAGCUAAAUGAAAGGCAACCCAUAAAUCCAAAAGAUAACACACAGGUUCUCAAAGACAAGAAUGUAACGGUUUUCUCUAUUGGCGCUGGUACUCCUGAUCCGAUCGAACUGUAUGAAAUGUCCUCUGGAUAUCCCUUUGUUGGACGGUUGGACUUAAGAGAUCCUGCAAAAGCCGUUCCUCCCAUUAUCAACCAGUUGUGCAAAGUUGAAGUUACGGUGUAUGGACCAAAAGGUGCACCCGGAGGAACAGGAGAGAGGGUCAGCGGAAAAUUCUUCGUUAUCAAUUAUGCAAAAUUUUCUCACUAA